UUAUCCCUCCCAUUAUUUUCUUUUUCUAUAUAAACCGCCUUGCUUCCUGUUUGCUCCGCGCAUCUCCUUGCCAUUUGUAAAUACACUUAGUAGCUGGUUUCUUUUCCCUUUUCCCCGAGCUUUUUUGGUUUUUGGGUUCUCUUCUUUCUUUUCAAAGGUUGGAUAAAGUUUCAAAGACAAUGGAUGUUCUGCAUUUCUUGUUUGGAAUUUUUGGAAAUGCCACUGCUUUGUUCCUCUUCUUGUCUCCAACGAUUACAUUUAAGAGGAUCAUAAGAAGCAAGUCCACAGAGCAAUUCUCUGGAAUACCCUACGUAAUGACCUUGCUCAACUGUCUCCUCUCAGCUUGGUAUGGCCUUCCUUUUGUAUCUAAAAACAACCUUCUGGUUUCAACAAUCAAUGGGACAGGAGCAGCAAUUGAGUCCAUUUAUGUGUUGAUCUUCAUCAUAUUUGCACCAAAGAAGGAGAAGGCUAAAAUUCUUGGGCUCUUCACCUUUGUACUCACUGUUUUCUCAGCUGUGGCCCUCAUCUCCCUCUUUGCCCUGCAUGGUAGUGGCAGAAAGCUCUUUUGCGGCCUUGCUGCUACCAUUUUCUCUGUUAUCAUGUAUGCCUCACCUCUUUCAAUCAUGAGGCUGGUGGUCAAGACUAAGAGUGUGGAGUUCAUGCCGUUUUUCUUGUCAUUAUUUGUAUUCCUCUGUGGUACUUCAUGGUUUGUCUAUGGCCUUCUCGGCCGUGAUGCUUUUGUCGCUAUCCCCAAUGGUUUUGGGUGUGGCCUGGGGGCCACGCAGCUCAUGCUUUAUUUCAUCUACCGCAACAACAAGGAAUCUGAAGUAACAAAGAAACCGACUGCUAAUGGAACGAUCGAGAUUGGACCAGAGAAACCCCACCAAAUGAAACUAGCAAAUGGCAAAGUUCCUCAAGCAAAAGUAGAUCAACGAAGGGAUUGCAUAAAAACAAAAGAUGUAUUUCCUCAACUGGUUGUGGCCAUUGGACUGUCAAAGUUGACAAAUUCCUUGUAAUAGAUUGCAACCAAAAUUCGAUGGUGCCAAGAAAUAUAUGAAUUUGUUAGAGCCUGUAAUCUCCUUGAUGUAACAAGUACAAUACUUUUGUGCUCUAAAAGAGUUCGUUUCACGUUGAGAAAAAAAAUUUGGGGAAAAAGACCUUGGUCUCCUUGAAAUUUGUUGAACGGUUCACGACCAUGUAGUUGUCAUGGUCUAGCAGGGGGACCUGAGGAUUAACAAAAUGACAAAUGGAGCAAUC